AUGUUUCCCAUCUUCGAAACCACACUUGCGCUAGGGUUUCACAAUAGUCCAAAUUCUGGGGUUCUGAGAAUUUUUAUCGCCAGUACCGGAAAAUUUUCAAUAGACAGCUAUAGCAUGGAUUUCGACGAGUACGAUUACUUGGAGAAGGCCGUAGAAGAAACCAAUGGUUCAUCGAAAACUAGCAGCAAGGACGCUUCGGAGAAGGAAAGGGACGGAGAAAAGAGUGAAAAGGGGUACAGAAGAAGGGACAGGAGCGAGGAAGAUGAUUUGGACGAAGAGGAGCGGGAUCGAAAGAGCAGCAGCAAGAAACGGCGAAGCGACGGGGACAGUGAAGAGAACGGACGUGAUAGAGACCGUGAUCGAGAGCGGGACAGAGAUAGGGAGAGGAGUUCCAGGCACAGGAGUCAAGAUGGGGAUUUGGAGAGGGAAAGAGAUCGAGAGAGGCGGAGCUCGAGGGACCGGGAUAGGGAUAGGGAGAAGAGAGAAGAUAGGGAGAGGGAUAAGGAUAGGGAAAAGAGAGAUAGAGAAAGGGAGAAGGAGCGGGAAAGGCGAGAAAGGGAGAAGGAGAGGGAGCGCGAGAGGGAAAGAGAAAGGGAAAGGGAAAGGGAGAGAUCGAGGAGGAGUAGGAGUCGAUCAAGGCUGGAGCGUGAGAAAGAGAUGGAGUUGAUGCGGGAAAGGGAGCGAGAGCUUGAAUUGCGUGAGAGCAGGAGAUUCAAGGACAAGAAAGAAGCAGUAGAGCCCGAAGCUGAUCCAGAAAGGGAUCAGAGAACUGUUUUUGCAUACCAGAUGCCACUUAAGGCCAAUGAGAGGGAUGUUUACGAGUUCUUUUCACAAGCAGGAAAGGUAAGGGAUGUGCGGCUGAUUAUGGACCGGAACUCAAGGAGAUCAAAAGGGGUUGGGUAUAUUGAAUUCUAUGAUGCCAUGUCUGUGCCUAUGGCUAUAGCCCUGUCUGGUCACCUACUUCUUGGACAACCAGUAAUGGUUAAACCUUCAGAGGCUGAAAAAAAUCUUGUCCAAUCGAAUACUUCUAAUGGUGGUUCAGGUGUUGUGGGACCAUACGGUGCAACUGAUAGGAAGUUGUAUGUGGGCAAUUUACACUUCAACAUGACAGAAUUUCAGCUCAAACAGAUUUUUGAAGCAUUUGGGCCUGUGGAGCUCGUGCAACUACCCACAGAUCCAGAGACAGGACAUUGCAAAGGUUUCGGGUUUGUUCAGUUUGCGCAACUUGAACACGCAAAGGCAGCACAAAGCUUGAAUGGGAAACUAGAAAUUGCUGGUCGAACAAUCAAGGUUUCCUCUGUUACGGAUCAUGUUGGAGUUCAAGAUGCAGGAGCAAAAACUGCAGAUUUUGAUGAUGACGAUGGGGGUGGUUUGGCUUUGAAUGCUCAGUCAAGAGCUUUGCUUAUGCAGAAGCUGGAUCGCAGUGGUAUCGCUUCAAGUGUUGUGGGGCCCCUUGGAGGAGUGCCUGGGCUCAAUGGAUCCGCUACAUCACAAGUAGCAAUAAACAUGCCCCUGAAUCCAGUGACGGUGCUUCCUACUCCAGUUCUUCCAACCCCGGUGGUUUCUAUGGCCCCUGAACCUAUUGGGAACCCCAGCGAGUGUUUACUUUUGAAGAAUAUGUUUGAUCCAACUGCUGAGGAGGAUCCGGAGUUUGAUUUGGACAUUAGAGAUGAUGUGCAUGAAGAAUGUUCGAAGUAUGGACGGGUAAAACAUAUAUUUGUGGACAAGAAUAGUGCUGGUUAUGUAUACUUACGGUUUGAAAGUGUGGAAGCAGCAUCACGUGCUCAACAAGCAAUGCAUAAAAGAUGGUUUGCUCGUAGAUUGAUCUCAGCCAUAUUCUUGCAACCAUAUGAAUACGAUGCCAAAUUUAAAGUGAGAAAUUAUGCAGCUUUUCCCCAUAAUACAAGCAGCAAGAAUCCCAUCUGCAAAAGGGGAUAA